CCCGUUUCACACUCGUCGUGUCUGGCGACGAACAAGACACGCGUGACUGCUUUUCAUUACGCUCUAUUUUCGAUUUCCUUCUCCUUCUUCUUCUUUCGCAUUGAUUCUCUACCUAAGCAAAGAAAGAAGAUGAGUGGGGUAGAACCAGACAUGGAAGAUCUGUUCCAGGAGAAGAAGCGUGUCAGGAAUCCCCUCGUUCCUCUCGGUGCAUUUGCGACUGCGGGAGUGCUAACGGCUGGGCUGAUUAGUUUUAGAAGAGGCAAUUCUCAGUUGGGUCAGGUUCUGAUGAGAGCUAGAGUGGUCGUCCAAGGUGCCACUGUCGCCUUGAUGGUUGGAACCGCUUACUACUACGGUGAUAAUCCGUGGCAGAAAUGACCUGCGCAGCUACUUCUUCUUCAAGACAUGUGAGAUGACACCCCGGGAAGAAGAGGUAUGUGGCUCUUUCUUUUUGAGCGUCAGAAAAAAGUCUUCCUGUCUUGUUAGGAUUUUGUAACUUGCACAACAAAUGAGUUUGAAUAAUUAACAACUAAAAAUGUUGUUUUGUUUCUUGAUCAUUUGGUUAUAUUGAUUCGAGGGAAGUUUCAGAAACCCAUCUUUACUCUUAUCUACCCAAAUCUAUAUUAUUAUUAAAAAGAAAUAUACAGCGGACAAUCUAUGUGUUUCUUAUUUGCUCACAUUUAUGAUUUAUGCUUGAGUUUCGACUUCUUGAAAGCUCGCUAUUGUGAAACAUCACAAACUUAUUAUCUACAUAGACCACUCUACUUUCAGUGUUUAUUAUAGCAAAUGAGUUGGGAAUUGAAGAUUAUGAAUUACAAGGCAAACCAUAUCCAAUGAUUUUAAGGAUAAGAAUACAGUUUUGUUUUCCAUAGGUCAAGUUUAUUCGUAAUAUCCUUGUUUUUUUCCACCUUAUUACGGUUCUUGAUCCUCUAAAUGCGAGACGUUAAUCACAAUUAUGUUUUUUAGGUAAGAAUACUGAUUAUGGUUUAGCUAAUGGUCAUGUCAACCAACACAUAAAGAGGGACAGUGGGAAAGCUUUUGAAACGAAACAGUUUUGAACCUUGUUUUGAUGUAUGAUAUUUUAGAGAUCACUGAGCUAAAUUCAAAACUGCUUCCUCUUUUCAAACAUCAAAAAUUUGUUGGUAUUACUUUGUCUAAAAUCCAUGAUAUGCUCUUUCGAAACAGAAAGAUCCAGCUCUGUAAUCUCGAUAUUGUCUCUGUUAUACUAUUAUCACGUCUUCUUACGUAACCAUGAGACAGAGAGCCACUCGAUUGCGGACAAGCUCAGGCUAUUCCCUCUGUUUGUAGCCAAUAUACUUUUGAUAUUGUAUGCUUGAAAGAAAGUCAAGAAAAAAUCAUAUGCAUUAAUUGGUGAUGAUCCUUCUACUGAUGCUAGAACGCUUCGUUGCUAGGAAUCUCGUAUUCGAAUUGCAUGGUUUUGCUCUAUCCCUUACAUAAAAUAUAAGCUGUAAUUGAUCAUGG